UUGUCAGUUCCAAGAUGUAAAGCUUUGAAAGAGAUGGAUUUUAUUCAAACUUCUGAGUCAAAAUGUUAUUGCUACAAUCAGAAUUCCCAAAUGGAGUGGACAUCUCUGUGGUCAUCUGUGCAGGUGAAAAUUACCAGUCCGGGCCUGCUCAGUAUUGUAUAUAUCACAGAAAUGCGUAAUUGCCAGUAUCCAGAAACAAUUCUGACUUUUAUCAAAUGUGUUAUUCAUAAGUUUUGGGCACCAAAAGAAUCUAAUGAAAUAACUAUAAUCAUCAGUCCAUACGAGGAAACCAAGUGCUUCUCUGUGAAUCCUGUCAGGGAAAUAUUUAUUUAUACAAUAAGAGUGAAUCGAAAGAUUGUGGAUUUCAAACUUUUCCUUGUAUUUGUGGCAGGCAUUUUCCUUUUCUUUUAUGCAAAGACCUUGAGUCAAAGCCCUGUUUUCUAUUACUCUUCGGGGACUAUGCUGGGUGUUGUAAUGACUUUAGUCUUUAUACUGCUGUUGGUGAAAAGAUACAUUCCAAAGUAUAGCACCUUUGGGGCUCUAAUGGUUGGUUGUUGGUUUGCUUCAGUUUAUGUUGUGUGCCAACUGAUGGAAGAUCUCAAGUGGCUGUGGUAUGAAAACAGAACAUAUAUGUUUGGCUAUGUUUUGGUAGUUGGAUUUUUCAGUUUUGCUGCCUGCUACAAACAUGGACCCCUUGUUGAUGACAAGAGCAGAAAUCUUCUCAUGUGGACCCUACGGCUUCUCUCCCUGGUUCUAAUCUAUGCUGGUGUGGCCGUGCCUCAAUUUGCUUAUGUAGUCAUGAUCCUUCUUAUGUCCUCUGGGAGUCUGCACUACCCAAUGAAAGUAUUCAGUUAUGUGAAGUGGAAAAUGAAGCCGUGGUUUACACCAGGACAGCCAGUGGUUAAGUGUCUUACUGAAGAGGAAUAUAGGGAACAAGCUGAUGCUGAAACAACCAGUGCCCUGGAGGAACUGCGCAGAGCCUGUCGCCGGCCUGACUUCCCAUCCUGGAUAGCCAUCUCCAGACUCCAGGCUCCUAAAAAAUUUGCAGAGUUUGUUCUUGGAGCAAGCCACCUGUCACCUGAAGAAAUCCGUCUGCAUGAAGAAGAAUAUGGCCUUGGCGGUGCUUUCUUGGAAGAGCAGCUCUUUAACCUACAGACUGACAGUCUACCUGCAAGUUGACUUCAUUUUGGCAAGGAAGUGAGUAAAGGGCAAAGAUGCAGUUAAAGUUGGGCAAAAGGGUUUUAAGGAACAGUGGAAAAAGCAUGUGUUGUGGAGGAAAGCCAUGCUGGAAAGGAAGACUAACCUAUCUAUAUUAAAGGGAACUUAUUUUCCUAGUAAGUUCUGCUACUUAUUGUACGGUAGGUAGCCAGCAAGAUUCUGUGACAGUUCAUUGCCACUUACCUUGAAGUCUUUCAUUAGGAACAAGGGAAUCAUGUUGUUCUUCAAGGGACCAGCAAGUAUGAACAGGUGACUUGUCAAAACCAAGGCACUAAAUCCUUAUUCCCCUCAACCUGGGCCAAAAGACUAUUGUUCUUCCUGCAUUCUAUCAAUACCAGUGAUGGAAGAGACCUGAGAUAUACUGGGCCUGUGCUUUCUAAAGUGUGAUCCACAGGAUAGCAACAAGUGUUUUAGUCAGUGAAAGGAUUCUGAGGUUAACUAAGAUUGAUACAAAGUUAGACAAAUAUAUUGUAGGGCUUCUCCAGGGCCUUUAAUAAUACUAAUGCACAUUGUGAAUCUCCUAAACAAGGAGAAAUUGUGUAGCAGUUUCUGCCUUAAUUUGGUCACAGAACCCUUUUUUAUGAGACUAAUAUUCCUUAGAACACAUAUUUGUAAAAUGCUAAUGAUGGUAGAAUUGAGGUUUGAGGAGGUUAUAUAACUCAUCCAAGACCACAAAGCUAUUUGAGGCAGUGCUGGUAGAGCUCCAGCCCCAGUAUGUCCUGACUCAGAAGACUUCUUCAGACACAAACUUAGGGGCCUACAGUCUAGUUCUCACAAUGUUGACAUCUUUUUUAUUUUUAAAUAAUGUAUCUAUUUAAUAACUGUGAUAAAGAUAAACAUUUAAAGUUUUGAUAAGAUUUAGAUAUGUGUGGAUUAGAAAUUAGAAUUACUUUCUGUAUUUUUUGUAUGUUGAAGUUGAAGAAAACCUUUUGUGAAAUUUGAGAUUCAUUUUUAAAAAUUGUUCAGCUGUAUACAUUUGUAAUAAUUUUGUACAAACAGAUUUGUAAUAUUUUUUACAGUGAGCAAAUGUUUGUUUCUUGAUUCAUGAGUGAAAUGAGCAACUAACUAACUAACCCUUGACCCUAGCAGAAUGAUGCCAAAACAAGUUUGAGAUUUGAACACAGCAAAAUAAUUUAUGGGUUAAGAUGUUGUUAAGUUGAUUCUCUUAAAAUCAAACUUUGGCCAUUUUUACUGUGAUGAGAUUAUCAGGAAAAGGAUAACAGGGAAGAGACAGAGAAUUUUGUUACUGUAACUUUAGUAAAGCUUUUCUAAAUUAUCAAGUAAGAAUGUAGCUAUCUAUUUGGAAUUUUCUAGAUCAAUUUUCAAAUGAUAUUUCCUCUGUGAGGCAGUAUGUCAGUGUUUACAGGUCUGUUUUUGCCAGACAUCUUAAAAUAUUAAGAACUGUCUCUUAAAAAAGAAAUAAAGAAAAAGAAAACUAGAUUCAACUUGUGCCUUUAUAUAGACUUUGAUUUUUUAAAAACUAAAAAACAUAUCCAUUCUGUUUUAUGAUAACUAUUUUAUAAGUAUUAAUAAGGGAUAAAAAUAUUUUUUGUUAGUUUAAUCUUAUUUUUUAUAAUUAUAUUUUAUUGAUGAUGUAUUACAAAUAUAUCAGAUGUAUCAAUUCUUGUGCUCACUUAGUUCACCUCCCAAGAGGCAGUUUUUAUAGUACAGAAAUGUGUGUAUGAAUCACGAACAUCUGCUGGGGCUGCCAGGGCACGUCUCAGCUGGACAGCUGCUGGGCCCUUCCUGAGCCAGGUUGGAGAGAGGCUUCACUGGAAAGAAGCAGCUCCAAGUGGGCCAACAAGCCUGUGUAACCAUCACAAUAAAAAACUACUAACAAAAGAGAAAAAAAAAACCAAUAAUCUUCAGGAUAUUGUUCUUCAUGUUCACUUUUAGAGGAAAUUAUGGAUUUGUCAAUUUCUGUUAUGUGAAUACUGUGAGAAGCUAAACAAUUAAAAGUAUUACUCAUGAUA